CGCGCCUCCAUUCGGCUCCGCCGCCGCCCGCCGAGGAGGGGACAGCGACAGCCGGGAGCACGGGAGAGGGACGGACUCUCCCCCGCCGCCAACCCGCUUCCUCCUCCUUCUCCUCCACCUCCUCCCCCGCCUCCGCCUCCGCCUCCCGGCCGGGAAGAGCUCGCCGUGCCCGCUGCAGCCCCGCUGGAUGCACUGAGCGCUCGGGCGCGGGGAGAGAGGGGCAGGAGGGAGCCGGGAGCCCCGCCGCGGAGGCGCUGCGCUACCCGGAGCCUCACGGCCAUUUGCUUUAAUUCUUUUAUUGCCCCCCGGCCGCCUCCUCCUCUCUGCCCGCGGGAGCCAGCCGAGGCGGCGGGGGCUGCAUCCCCCCUCCCCCCCUUUUUUUUUUUUUUUUUUUAAUUUUUUUUUUUUAAAUUUUCAUCGCCGCCAUGGGAUGUACCCUGAGUGCUGAGGAAAGAGCCGCCCUGGAGCGGAGCAAGGCCAUCGAGAAGAACCUGAAGGAGGACGGGAUCAGCGCGGCCAAAGAUGUGAAACUCCUCCUGCUCGGAGCCGGAGAGUCGGGAAAAAGCACCAUCGUGAAGCAAAUGAAGAUCAUCCAUGAGGAUGGCUUCUCUGGAGAAGAUGUGAAGCAGUACAAGCCAGUGGUCUACAGCAACACUAUACAGUCACUGGCAGCGAUUGUCCGUGCCAUGGAUACCUUGGGCAUCGAGUACGGUGAUAAGGAACGACGGGCUGAUGCCAAGAUGGUCUGCGAUGUCGUAAGUCGGAUGGAGGACACAGAGCCCUUCUCUCCAGAGCUGCUGUCAGCUAUGAUGAGGCUCUGGGCAGACUCUGGGAUCCAAGAAUGCUUCAACCGGUCCCGGGAAUAUCAACUUAACGACUCAGCCCAAUACUACCUAGACAGCUUAGAUCGAAUUGGAGCUGCAGACUACCAGCCCACGGAGCAGGAUAUCCUCCGAACCAGGGUCAAAACAACUGGCAUCGUAGAAACCCAUUUCACAUUCAAAAACCUCCACUUCAGGCUCUUCGAUGUCGGGGGCCAGCGGUCAGAACGCAAGAAGUGGAUUCACUGCUUUGAGGAUGUCACAGCGAUCAUCUUCUGUGUCGCGCUGAGUGGCUACGACCAGGUCCUCCAUGAAGACGAAACCACGAACCGCAUGCACGAAUCUCUGAAGCUUUUUGACAGCAUCUGCAACAACAAAUGGUUCACAGAUACAUCUAUCAUCCUGUUUCUAAACAAGAAGGACAUAUUUGAGGAGAAAAUUAAGAAAUCUCCACUGAGUAUCUGCUUUCCUGAGUACACAGGCCCCAACGCUUUCACGGAGGCGGUGGCGUACAUCCAGACUCAGUACGAGAGCAAGAACAAGUCCUCCAACAAGGAGAUCUACACUCACAUCACCUGCGCCACCGACACCAACAACAUCCAGUUCGUCUUCGACGCUGUCACGGAUGUCAUCAUCGCCAACAACCUGCGGGGAUGCGGACUCUACUAAAGCACCCUCCUCUCCUGGCACCCGCCCGGAGUAUCCUCCGGUCCCGCGGACAGGUCCUCCCUUUCCUUGUUUUUUUCCUCCUCAGAAGAUGACAAGGAAGAAAUACAUAAUUCCCUCCUCCUGUCCCAGAAAACUCUGCAGCAAGUUCUGCUUUCCCCAGACCUAUUUUAUUUUAUUUUGGUUCAUUUUUGGUUCAUUCCCUUGCUGCCCCGUUCUACUCCUCCGUUCCAACUCACAGUGUUGUGCAGGGAGCUAACGCAUUUCCCACAAAGUGCAUUUCAACUGCCAAAAGACAAAAAUACUUCAGUUUUAAAGAGAGAAAAAAAUCAAAGCCUUAAAAUACUGGUCAGUAACAGUGUAGUUUGGAACCAAAAGGGUUUUUUUUGCCUUGAAAAUUAAGGGAUAUUGUUCAUUCUUCUGGUUAUUUGCCUUCUUAAAAACACUAUUCCUUUGAGAAGUGCUAAAUACAACCUGAUCUUUUGAGGGUACUUUACAGCUCCAGUUCUGACCCCAAAGCUGGAGGUGUUGAAUGCAGCCACCAUAGCUUGGAUUUGUACAUUCUCCUUUUUUCCAGACAGCUAUUUGAACAAGUACAACAGCCAUAUCGAGUUCUGCUGGUGUCUGAGUAACAAAGCCUACUAAGCCUUGUCUAAAAGCAUUCAUUACUGGUAGCAGUUUCAACUCAAGUUUUUCAAAAUUAAUGGUAAAAUUUAUCUAGUGGUUGCUGUAACCCAUUUCUGAGACACUUCCAUGGGGGCCAUGGAGGUGCUGGGCUGGGACCCCUGGAGUGUAGGCAGUGAAGAUGCCCCAGGAAUGGUGUCCUGAUGGAGACUCCACACUCGGUGGCAUCCUGACAAGGAGUCCAGCCUGAGGACCUUUCUCACAGCACCUCCUACCCUUAGUCAUUCAACAGAGGUGAUUGCCCCUGCACACACAUGGCAUCACUUUCCAAACUUCAGCCUUGAAAUGCUGGGGUGCAUGAAAAAUAUUUAGCCCAGCUUCUUGUAGGCAGAAUCUGACCUUCAGGUCCCUGAGAUGGGGAAAGGUGCUUUGGAAAACCUCCCCAUGCUUGGGUAGCAGCAAAGUGUGCAAGAACCUUGUGGCCCUUCAUCACCCCUUGGGCAUCUAAACCCCUUGAGAAGCCCAAGCUUGUGCUCUGAGCCUCCUUGGCUGAGCACAAGCCAGUGGCUUUCCUGUGUCAUCUCCUGUCUGAGCAUCCCAGAGAGACGCCUCCAGGGCUGGUGUCUCCAGUCAGGGCACCUCUUUACCAGUAUCUGCACUGAAAUGGAUGGUUAACAAUAGCAAGGGAGAGCUCAGAUUGAUGAUUUGAGUCAAGUGAUGGAGUAGGAAGGAAAAGUGCAAGGAAAGGAAGACAGAAGGGCAGGGGAAAGGAGUGGGAAGGGUGAGGGUAGCAUCCAGCACAGCAAAACUAGGGACUUGGAGAGGACAAAUGCAGGUGGGCUGAGGUACAUAUGGCCACCACCAAGAACUCUGGGUGCUGCUGAGUUGAAGGCAGAAGGGAAUGUGAGAGGUGGGGUGUCACCUCUGUGGACAUGGAGGGACUCUUAGAAGUCCACUCCAAAAGCUUGUUUGUUGUCUGAGUGAGACAACCACCUCUGAGGUCCCACUCAGGGCCCACCUCACCUGGGGGCAGGUGGGCAGCGUUGAUCUCUGCCUCUUCUCUGCCUCUUUUAGAAGUCAAUUAUCUUGAAAAACAUGAAUCUUUGCAGGGUGGCCAGAAGUUCAACCAUCCUCUCUUGGGAGCCUGAUCUAGGAGUGGCUUUCAGGUCUCAGGAGGUCUCCUCAGGGCUGUGGUUGAGAGAGACAAUAUCUCUUCUCACUGUGCCCAUUUAGGAGAGAUGGUGUGAGAGCAGCCCAGAGGGGAGGGGCCAGGUGAGUGUGCAGGAGGCAGUGACAGGAACACAUAUGGUGGCACAGAAGGGUGAGGACAGUGGGAGAGGCUUAGGGAACGUUUUGGGAGAGAAGCUGCAGAAGAAGGGAGACGAGGCAGAUUGAGGCAACAAAGAGGAUGGGAAGAAAAGGGCACCUGGGAGCCAGAGGAGAGUCCCCAUCAGGGACUGUGCUCUGCCAGGAUAGUGCUGGGAAGACCUGCAGAGGAGUCUCACCCAUCCAGCCUGCUACAGCCCAGCAUGGCUGGUAAGUGUCAGUAACCCCUAGAGAGCAUUAAAUGAUGCAUUUACUAUUGUACAGCAAGGACCUGCUGCUGCUCUGCUGGGCACUAACAGCAAUAACACAACUCCCUGCCUCUCUGCUGUGGCACAAGCCAGCACCCAUUCUCUUCACCAUCUCAGCCUUAAAAUGUCUCCAAUGAUAUCGGCUCCUGCAAAGAGCUGGCCAGCAAAACCAGGAGCUCCUGUCUGCUCCUCAUGUCACAGCCCACCCACACAUCUGUCUGAGCCCCAGCAGAAACACCCAGCAUCCACAUGGAUGUUGUGUCAAACCCAGGGCAGAAAAACCACACAUUGCUUACAUUUGGUAUGUAAUGUGUGUCACCACUGGACCCAGAGUGAUGAUGGCUGGUGCUGGCAGGGAUGCAGGUCUUUCAUUAAACUCCGUAAGAAGAAUUUAAUCAGAAGCACUGGAGUUUUGGAGAUUUUCUGUUGCCACCUCUUGCUGUGAAUGAUGUUUUAUCUAAGCAAAUAAUUAACAGCAGCUGUUCCCAGGGAAGACAGCACCACACCAAGGCUUCGUGAGCUCCCAGCAUAAAGCAGACAGAAAUAUUUUGGUAAAGACAAUUUAAAUUAACUCUGAACUGCCAAAUGUAGUCAAGUGGCCAGUGCUGGCUCAGUGUGCUUUUACCACUCUCCAGGCUGGAUUCAGGUAACCCAUUCCCAGCUUUGCCAGCCAGGAGGUCCAAGCCCCUCUGCAUCUCCAGCAGGUCCCUGGCACAUUGGUGACCAUCAACAGCUGGUGCCCCAUGGGGAGAAAAGGGAGAAAAAGCAGAGGAAAUGUUGCCACGCAGAGCCUCUUCUUUCAUUUUAUUUGACAUAUUGUGUGUCCAAAGCUUCAUCUCAGCUGCUGCUGCUGACAUUCCCUCCCUCACACAAGUGUCAUGAGGAUUCACUGACAAAUGCUGGAAACAGCCUUUGGAAGAUGAAAUGCUUCCAGUGUUAAACAUUACUACUUCUCCCUCUUGAUGGCCGCACAUAGAUCUGUGUCUCCAGAACGCCUGCCAAAUUAUUACUCACUGCUGGCUUCUGCAUCCUCUGAAGCCCUUCCUGACAGACAUGCCUUCCACAGGCAAUCUUUUGCCCCGUGCUUUUCCUAAACACCAGCAAUUCUUGCAGCAGUUGCCUAAAAAGUACCUCGAAAUACAUCACCUGCCUUCAAAACCCUUUUCUUAGCAGCCCUUUGUGCUUUGCAAUUGCCAUGCUCUGAAUCCCUCGGAGAUCCAGAGUUGUGUUUCAUUUGCAGUCUCCACAUAGCAGAAAUCCUAGCAGGGCACAGAGCACAGAUUUUGAAAGCACAAAAUUGAAACAGCUAUUUAUACAUCCUGCUGCCCUUCAAAGCUAAUGUGGGAAUUUGCAAAAAAAAAACAAAAAAACAAAACACCAAAAAAAAAAAAAGCCCUUUUUAGGACUCAGUCACUGUUCCAGCAGCAGAAGCAUCCAAGGGGUGUCAGCAUUGAAAGUGGCAUUAGCAACUCAUGAUGCGCUUCAGACAGCUGCAGAAAGAAAGAGGGAAGCUCCCUGUCGACUUGCUCCAUAGUCAGUGGUCGGUUGUGGAGCCAUGAGACCACAAAAAUGCAAAUAGCUUCUUUAUUUAAACAACAAUUUCAAUGAAAUAGAGACAUCCGUGCAAGGAAAGUCCUGCAGUGCUGCCGGGCUGUGCUGCAGAGCUCCUUGUGAGGAUAAACUGGGCUGGUUGGGAGAGCGAGCAAUAACCACGCACUGCAAAAGCACACGCUAAAAUACAGCCCCAGACUGCCAAAGGCAGUUUUUAAUCUUGCAUCUAGAAGUCGCACACGGUGUGGUUUUCACAGGGGGCCGGAGGAGCCCGGCGGAGCGGCAGCGCAGCGGGAGCGCUCAGCGCGGCCAUCUGGCCCUGCCUGUGCAUCCCCGCUGCCCUGCCCUGCAUGGGCACAGCCUGCCCCGAAACGCUGCCAGAUACGGCUCUCUCAGGAGUUUUGUACCGGAAUUAGUUUGCCUUCAGCCAGCUUUCCUGGAUGGCCAGCCAGCCUAUCCCUCCACGGAGGGGAGAGCAGCCUCUGGAGGAGCCCGCCGUGCCUCCUCUAUUGAUGUGAUUUUGUUUUACAGGACACUAAAAGUAUUAAUGAAGGCGGUCUUUAAUGUCCAUUAAAACAUAUCUGGUGGGUUUAAUCUAUCGUGGCAUGAGCCCAGUGCCUGCCUGCAAGGGAACAGACCUUGUUCCCAGUCCAGGAGUGCAAUCUCCGAGAGGUCAGGAUGUGACAUAGAAGAUGUCCUUUUGCAGAAGGUCCCCGUGCACCCUGCCUCGCUGUGCAGCUCAACAAGGCAGACAUCGCCCCUGGGGGAUUUGCAGUCAGUGCUGGGAAAGGGACCAACCCUGCACUCUUAGUUUGUGUGACAUGUCCCAAGCUUUUUGUGGUCACAAAGUCUCCUGGAGCCAGGGAGAGUUGCUGAGUUCCUGGGAAGAAGGCUGACCAUCUGUCAAGUCAAUUAGAGAAGCUUAGUUCGAGUGUGCUUGAGUAUUUUCAUGGUUUGUCUUCAGGCUUACCACCAAAAACUCCACUACCAUUUCCAAGGAGACUGAAACACUCGUUAGUGAUCUGACACUGGACACAUGAAGGUCAGUAGAAAUGGUGUUACUGAGCAUCACCCUGAGCACCCAGACCCAUCACUCACUCCCAUCCGCAGUGCACACAUGAGAAAGCAGAGACCAAGUGGCACAAAAUUGCAGGCGCAGUCUUGCCUCUACCUCCCUGCAGAAAGAGCAGGCAAACGCACCCCGAGGCUCCCUGAGACCUGAGGUUACCAUGUCAUUCCGAGCUCCAGCACUGACAUGAAAUAAUUGAUGCUGACAGAUAUAGGUACGUGACCUAUUUAGUUAUACUGAGAAUGUGGCCAUGGGAAAGGACUUUGCACAGGACCCCUCGUGCCCCAAACAGCAGCCUGUGAGAUCUUUAUUUAGGGGCAAUCACAAGCAAGUGCAACACUUAAACACCGAUGCCUUAGUGAGAGGAGGACCAAAGCCUCCAGCUGGCAGCCUGCAGGCAGAGGGAAGGGGAGCUGGAAUCAAGAAGCAGCCCCAUCUCCCCAAGAGGGCAGCUCUGUUCAUGGACACUAGGCACAGGGAGGAGAAACCAGAAGAGGUAGAGGGGCUGGGAGCUGGCUGGAUGCUGACUGCCCCAGGCCCUCUUCCACCCAGUGUCUUGGAAAUUAAGACCCAGUCCUGAGUGUAGUGCAGGAAAACCUCCAGGGCUAAAGCCACUGCUCGAGGUGGGGAGGAGAGAUCAUGGCAGAUCAAAGCACCAUUUUCAGCGGUGCCUGAGUCUCACCAGCUUUUCCAGUGACAGACCAACCUGGUGGUGCUGGGUAAGCAGAUAAGGUUGUUUAAGCACCAGCCAUGGCUUUGUUAAUUAGCCAGUCCCUAAUUUGUGCUCCUCAGCCCUAUUCCCCCACCUCCUUUUUCCCACUUCAGCUCAACAAGGGAAGAGUGACCAUCACCCUGCCUCUGGGCUCCCCGCUCCCCAUCACGUUUCCCAAAGGAUCGCCGGAGGCCGUCACCAAUUUCCUUUUGCUGGUUCCCCACUGAAUCAUUUCUCCUGCAUGUUUGAUGGCCCAAACUGUAUUAACUGUAAUUUUGUACGAAGAGUGACUGUCCAUUGGUUUAAUAGAGCAUUAGUUAUUGUAAUAAUUUAUUGGCUGUUGGUAAUGUAUUUAUUAGUUACAAAAUGUUAAUAAAGUGCCAGCUCUUUUCUAGUGUGA